GGUUCAUUGCUAAAAUAAAAUAUUGUGUUUUGUUACAAUGUCUCCAUUAAUGGUCAUGUUACAAGUUAUUGUCUUUUUCUUUGUAUUAGGAGAGUGUAUUCACAAUCAAUUGAAUGUGACUUGUUCUGAGUAUGAGAGAAAUGCUCUUCUUGACUUCAAAACUGGUCUUGAAGAUCCACUAAACAAGCUUGGAUCAUGGAACAAUGGCAGCAGCAAUUGUUGUCAAUGGUGGGGAAUAGGGUGUAACAAGGCAGGAACAGUUAUUACAGUUGAUCUUCGAAACAGGUAUGAUCACUUCUGGAGCUUUGGUGGGGAAAUAAGGCCUUCAUUGACAAAACUCAAGUCAUUGAGACACUUGGACUUGAGUUACAACACAUUCAUGAACAUCCCAAUUCCUGGUUUUUUUGGAUCCUUGAAGCAUUUGAGGUAUCUAAAUCUCUCUUAUGCAAGGUUUAGUGGUUGGUUUCCUUCAAAUAUAGGAAAUCUCUCUAGAUUGGAGUACCUUGACUUAGAGGCCUUGGAAUUAUUAUAUGUUGAUAAUCUUGAAUGGAUCACAGGUCUAGUCUCUCUAAAGCAUCUUAAGAUGGAUGGAGUUGACCUUUCAAUGGUGGGUUUAGAUUGGUUUGGGAUAAUACUAAAUAAGCUCCCAUCCUUAGCAGAGUUGCAUAUGUCUUCUUGUAGCUUAAAGGGUCCUUUUCCCUCAGUUUCUUUUGUUAAUUCAACAACAUCACUUGCUGUUUUAGACCUUAGUUUUAACAAUUUCAACUCAAAAAUACCUGAUUGGUUAGCCAAUAUCAGCAGCCUUCUGAGUGUCGAUAUAAGUGAUGGUGGCUUGCAUGGAAGGAUUCCACUUGGUUUUGCAGAGCUACUUAAUUUGCAGACUUUGCGUCUGCGAACCAAUUAUAAUCUUAAUGCAAGUUGUUUUGAAAUUUUCAGGGGAAGAUGGAAAAGUAUAAAUUUUGUAGAUUUGAGUAAUAAUAAGCUGCAAGGGAGACUUCCUACUUCAAUUGGGAACAUGACAUCUCUCACUUACUUAGAUCUUUCCAAGAAUAAUGUUCAAGGAAGGAUUCCAGGCUCCAUUGGUAAGCUUUGCAAUCUUAAUUGGCUUGACAUGUCAUAUAACAAAUUGAAUGGAACUUUACCUGAAUUACUUGAAGGAACACAUAGUUGUCAUUCUGAGAGUCCACUUCCUAGUCUUGAGUACUUGUAUUUGAAAAAUAAUGAAUUGGUUGGUCUAUUACCACAAUGGUUGGGUCAACUUAGGAAUCUUGUUAAGCUUAUUUUGAACAAGAACUUGUUAAAUGGUCCAAUUCCAAAAUCUUUAGGGUCAUUGCAAAACAUUACACAUUUAGAUCUUUCUAAAAAUAGGCUAAAUGGGACUCUACCUGAAAACUUAGGCAAGUUAUCAGAAUUGUCUUUCUUGGAUGUUUCUUUCAACCAAUUGACUGGUAACAUCACUGAAACACAUUUUCUAAAGUUGCAUAAGUUGGACAACUUACGUCUCUCUUCCAACUUCUUUACACUAACUGUCAGUUCAAAUUGGACCCCUCCUUUCCAUGUUCGAAAGGGCCUUGUCUUGGGUUCAUGCCAUUUAGGUCCUUCAUUUCCAAAUUGGGUUAGAUCACAAGAUAAGGUCCAAGUCUUGGAUUUUUCAAAUGCUAGCAUUUCAAGUUCCAUACCUGAUUGGUUUUGGGAAACUUUCUCUAAUAUUUUCUUGUUAAAUAUUUCUUUCAAUCAAUUAAAAGGCCAGCUACCCAAUCCAUUAAAAAUAGCUCCAUAUUUUGUUGAUUUGAGCUCAAACCAGUUUGAAGGACCUAUUCCUCUUCCAAAUGCUGAGAUACAAUAUCUUGAUCUAUCCAGCAAUAAAUUUUCUGGUCCUAUUCCAAAAAACAUUGGUGAUUCUCUACCAUACUUGCGAUUUCUAUCUCUUUCUACCAACAGGAUAGAUGGACUAAUCCCAAAUUCUAUUGGCAACAUCCAAUAUCUCAAUGUCCUUGAUCUCUCAAGUAAUAACAUAAUAGGAAAAAUACCCCUUAGCUUUGGAAAAUUGUCAAGCCUUAAUGCAUUGGACCUCAGCAAGAAUAAUUUGUCUGGCACAAUUCCUAAAUCGUUUGGUCAACUAAGUGCUCUUCAAACAUUGCACCUUGGUGACAACAAGCUUUCAGGAAACAUCCCAUCAUCUUUUCAGAAUUUGUUAAGUUUGGAGACACUUGAUCUUGGUAACAACAGAUUAGCAGGAAACAUACCACAUUGGCUUGGGAAAAGUUGGAAGAAUUUGAGAAUUCUAAAAUUGAGAUCCAAUGCUUUUCUGGGAGAGCUUCCAUCAGUACUGUCGAAUUUAAGCUCAUUACAAGUAUUGGACCUUGCAGAUAAUGGACUAAAUGGAAGUAUCCCUGCUAGUUUUGGAUAUUUCAGAGGCAUGAUUCACGUCGAAAGGGAAAAGUUUCUUAUAUCCUAUGGUAUCGAUAAUGGGACCAGAAAAUUUUAUGAAGAAAACAUGGAUUUGAUUGUGAGUGGCAGGGAACUAAAGUACACCAAGAUUCUUUCCCUUGUUGUCACCUUAGACCUUUCUUCCAAUAAUUUGAGUGGAGUACUUCCUUCAAACUUGACAAAUUUGUUGGGUUUAGUGAAUUUGAAUUUGUCUAAUAAUCAUAUCAACGGCUCAGUUCGAGAGGAUAUUUCAAAGUUGAGGCAUUUGCUAUCUCUUGAUCUCUCAAACAAUAGGCUAUCAGGUACUAUUCCUAAUAGCUUGUCAUUACUCUCAUUCCUAGGACGUCUCAAUUUGUCAAACAAUGACUUCUUUGGUAAGAUUCCUUACAAUGGCCACAUGACAACCUUUGAGGCUUCCUCUUUUGUUGGUAAUCAAGGCCUUUGUGGCGAGCCCCUCAAUGUAAAAUGUCCAGGCAAUAAUGGUACUGAUUUCGAUAAACAACCAACUCCAAAAGAUCACAAUGAUGAUGAAGACAAUUUUAUUGAUAAGUGGUUUUAUCUGAGUGUUGGAUUGGGAUUUGCAGCAGGGCUUUUAGUACCUUUCUUCAUAAUGGCAAUGAAAAAAUCUUGGAGUGAAACUUAUUUUGGCUUUGUGGAGAUUGUGGUAGAAAGAAUUCCAUUCUUUGAGCGAAGAAUGAGAACGAAACGACAAUGGCCUAAGGGACUUCAUCAUUGAGAAUGAUACAUUCAUGUUGCUCCUAUUUUAUUUUUAGCAAGUUUGUGUGUAAUGCAACAAUAAUAUGCCAUUAUAUAUCUUUGUAUUUCUGUUCUUUUUUUCUUUGUUUUAGUUCAGAGUUCUUAUGUAUACAAGUGAAAGUGUAACCUAUCUUUCUUAGCUGCAAUAAAAGUCAUGAUUUGUGU